UGUGCAUCCAUAAGCUACAGUCCUGUAAUAAGGACGUCAUCUUGUUCUCUCUUCUCCAGCGUUCACGGGCUUUCUCGGGAGUGCAUUACAGUGCAGUAUUUGUGGUUCAGUAUUUCAUAUCUAAAAAUACCAGGGUGACCAUUUUUAAAGUAGGUCCGCCUCACUUUCACAGGGACGCACAGAAACAACUGCAGGCUAACAGCGCACUACGCACAGUCUGCGCGCUGCUGCUAGCUAAAGGUACAGCUGUUUACAACUGUACACCAGCUGCACCGUCUCUCCGUCCAUCCCGCUGGAGGGACGCGGACAGCCUAGAUGAACGAGCUGGUGAAGAGCUUGCCCUCCCCGACUCUCCCGGGGCUCCACCUGCCUUGUCUGGACACCCACAAGGGCUGGCUCUUCAAAUGGACCAACUACCUGAAGGGCUACCAGCGGCGCUGGUUCGUCCUCAGCAACGGCCUGCUGUCCUACUACAGGACUCAGGCAGAGAUGGCGCACACUUGCAGAGGCACUAUUCCCCUGGCAAAAGCUCACAUCGAGGUGGGUGACACCUGUCACUUUGUGUUAACCAGCGGAGGCCGAACCUACCACCUGAAGGCCACAUCUGAGGGGGAGUGUCAGAGAUGGGUGUCAGCUCUGCAACAAGCAAAGGCUAAUGCCACGCUCCUGGUGCAUCACUCGGAUGACUCAGGAGAUGAAACCCCUGUGCCUCAGGAGGACCGUGCCCUCACCCAAGGAGCGCUGCAUUCCCUGGCCACCAAGUUGGAGGAUCUGAGCACCUGUAAUGAGCUGAUCGGAAAGCACGGCGCCGCUCUCCAGCGCUCCCUCAGCGAACUUGAAGACCUGCGAGGGUCCACCGAAGGCACGGACAAAGUGAAAGCCGUUAAUGAGCGAGCCACCCUCUUCCGCAUCACCUCUAAUGCUAUGAUCAAUGCUUGUCGGGACUUUUUGGAUGUGGCAGAAUCUCACAGCCGGCGGUGGCAGAAGGCUCUGCACUAUGAGAGAGAACAGCGCCACCAUCUGGAGGAGACCAUUGAACAGUUAGCCAAACAGCACAACAGCCUGGAGAGAGCGUGGAGGGAGAAUCCCACCUCAUAUACAGGUGUGGAACGGUCUCAAGAGGGGGAUGCGAGUGAUGAAAAUGAAGAAGCGGAGUUCUUUGAUGCCAUGGAGGACGCCCCUUCAUUCAUAACUGUGACUACCACUGGAAAUAUCCGACACAAGCGCUCAGGCAGUAACCAGAGUAUGAUGAGUGGAGGAGUGCCCACUGACUGGACUCACAAUGAGAGUGACACCUCAGGCACAAACCAAAUGCAGCUACGAAGAACAAGACGCAGUCGUAUCCCUGACAAACCAAACUACUCCCUCAACUUGUGGAGCAUCAUGAAAAACUGUAUCGGAAAGGACCUAUCCAAGAUUCCCAUGCCUGUAAACUUUAAUGAGCCGCUGUCGAUGCUGCAGCGUCUGACUGAGGAUUUGGAGUACAGCGAGCUGCUGGACCGGGCGGCUCGCUGCGACUCGUCCCUGGAUCAGAUGUGCCUCGUGGCUGCCUUUUCCGUCUCGUCCUACUCAACCACAGUCCAUCGUACCGCCAAGCCCUUCAACCCUCUGCUGGGGGAGACUUACGAGCUGGACCGACUGGAGGAGUACGGCUAUCGCUCCAUCUCUGAGCAGGUCAGCCAUCAUCCACCAGCUGCGGCCCACCAUGUGGCAUCAGAGCGAGGAUGGACUCUGUGGCAGCACAUAACCAUUGAUAGCAAGUUUCGUGGGAAAUAUAUUUCUGUCAUGCCGUUAGGUAACAUUCACCUGCAGUUCCACGCAAGUGGAAACCAUUACGUGUGGAGCAAAGUGACUUCCACGGUGCACAACAUCAUUGUAGGGAAACUUUGGAUCGAUCAGUCUGGAGACAUUGACAUUGUGAACACCACCACGAAGGACACCUGCCGUCUCAAAUUCUCCCCGUACAGCUACUUCUCCAGGGAAGUUCCACGAAAAGUGACCGGUGUGGUGGAGGACGGAGAGGGAACAGCCCAUUACAUCCUGUCAGGAACCUGGGAUGACAAAAUGGAAAGUGCAAAAAUAGUGGAAAGCAGCCGGGGAUGUGGAGGCUCUGAAGGCAAACAAAAAACUGUUUAUCAGACUCUUCAACCCAAACUCCUGUGGAAAAAAUACCCUCUUCCAGACAAUGCAGAAAACAUGCACUAUUUCUCCGCCCUGGCACUGACCUUGAACGAGCCGGAGGAGGGCAUCGCCCCAACCGACAGCCGUCUGCGACCGGACCAGCGGCUGAUGGAGGUGGGCUUGUGGGACGAGGCGAACAUCGAGAAGCAGCGGCUUGAGGACCACCAGAGGAUGGAGAGGAAAAGAAGGGAGGCACAAGCUAACCAAGCCCUGGAAGAAGGGCAAGACGUGGAAAGUUACCAGCCAGUGUGGUUUGAGAAGAGAACAGACGAAAACACAGGAGAAUCAUCCUACAUGUACAGAGGUGGCUACUGGGAAGCUAAAGAGAGACAAGACUGGAGUCACUGUCCUGAGAUCUUCUAGGAAUCUGGUAGUUUUUUUGGGUGGGGGGUUAGGUGGGCUUAGAUGAGCAGGUGGCAGUGGGUGAGAUAGCUAACUCCUCUCAGCUUCUAAAGCACAAAAUCUUCAGCCUCUACUUCCUGUGUAUAUGUGUUCCCUCCCUGUUACAGCUGUUCUACCAGGAUGCAUGGCUUUGGUUGGCAUACGCUUCCAUGCUCUGCAGAACUUUUUAUGUGAGCAAUUCAAGUUCUGUGUGUGAGUGUGGGUGGACUUUAGUUUACAUAGAACCAAUUUCAGCACAAAACACACCUAACUGAGUGCGCAUGGGCGAUCCUGGGGGCGUGGAGCUCCCUGUGUGUACAAGCACCAAAUGUCCUGCUCCAAUCAGAGAUGGAGGAUAUCAGUCUUUGAAAGAGUGGGACAAAAGCCUUCUUCUGUGCUGUGAAGUUGUCUCAGCAGAGCAUGAUUUACAGAUCCUUCACAUUCUUUGCUGUUUUGUGCUAGAGUGUUUUUUCAAAAUUGCACCACAGUAUCCUGCAGCACAAGCUGAACCCAGAGUGGCCUCUAAAUACAAAGACCUCGUUUCAUUGAGAGAUGAGUGACAGAAACUGUGUCAUUUAACACUUCUAAGCUAGUUCGCUUCAAACACAGAUCAAUGCAAAACCCCAGAGAUCAUGUAUGACUGAACUAAAGGAGUUUUAUUGAGUCCAUGAAGAAAUGAAAGUUGCAGUAUUGUUGUAAAUUUGUGCUAAUCUUACAUGUCAGAGAUGGCAAAGUGGAGAUUUUUGUACAUCUAACAGACUAUAAGAGAAGAAGAUUUUGAUUUUUGACCCAUUUGGGCAUCUAAUCUAAUUUGAGCAAUUUCCAAUGCAUUACUCAUUCCAGUAAAAGGCUAAACUGUAUAGUGCUUCAGAAAUGUCCCUAAUCUGUACAAAUCUACAAUUUCACAGCAAAAGCUUGCAUUUUUUGCCAUCUGUCUACAUAUUAUCCUCUACAAGUAGAAAUCAAAUACAAUUUUUUUUUUAAUUUUCAAAACAAAAUACAGUUUAUGAAAAUAUUCCAACCAUUUCCUGAGAGCUCAGGUGAUUCAUACCACUAUCACGAUUAUUAAGCUUAAUAAGGUCACACAACUCAAGCAGACAAAAAGUUACAAGCGUCUAAAGCCCUAAAAAGCACAGAGACGGCUUCUAACUUUCUAGAUGAAACUACCCUAUUAAACUUAAUGAUGAGGGAGAACAGCUCAAUUCAUAAUCAGUAUGAUUCUUUUUGAGCCCAUAUGAUAUAUAAAUGAAUUGUUUUGUCAAGAUGGAUUGCUUUUGAUGCUGAACUCUGUAAGGGUUUUAGUUGAUAGGCAAAUUGAAAAUGAAAGCACUUUUGAAGAAACAUUAAAGUCUGCUGUAAUGUUUUCUAAUAAAGCACAUAAUCUCAGAUGAAGAGGAGCGGAAUGAUCUGAUCUGAUUAGACAGGAUGUGAAGAGCCACUGUUCCUAACAGUGUGUUCGCCGAAGGACAGAUAUUGAGCACCUUUUAACGAAUCCCAUCCCGUCAAGGUUGCAACAUCUUUAUAUGGGAACAAAAGCAAUAAUUCAUAGACCAGUGACGUGCGGUCAGGGGAGGCAGGUGAGGCAGUGCCUCACCAGCCAUCAUGGAAAGAAAGAAAAUAUAUAA